CUUGACCAUAUUAGUACAUAGAAGAAAGGACAGUUGCUCACCACGUGCGAUCCAAACAACUAGAAAAAAAAAAAUCAAAAGGAAAGCACGUUCUUGGGUUGGGUUGAGAUGGAGAUGGGGAAGGAGACGGCGAGGGUGGUGGUGCUGGCCCUGAACGGCGUGCGGCGCGAGGCGGCGGGGGCGGACGUCCACCCGUCCAUGACGCUGCUGGAGUUCCUCCGCACCAAGACGCCCGUCCGGGGGCCAAAGAUCAGCUGCGGCGAAGGUGGAUGCGGCGCAUGCGUGGUGCUCAUCUCCAAGUACGACCCGGCCACCGACGAGGUGACCGAGUUCUCGGCCAACUCCUGCCUGACGCUCCUCGGCACACUGAGCCACUGCUCGGUGACCACCAGCGAGGGCAUCGGCAACACCCGUGAUGGCUACCACCCCGUCCAGCAGCGCCUCUCCGGCUUCCACGCCUCCCAGUGCGGCUUCUGCACCCCCGGCAUGUGCAUGUCCAUCUUCUCCGCGCUCGUCAAGGCAGACAAGCCCGGCCAUGCCGCCCCGGCGCCGCCGGCUGGGUUCUCCAGGCUCACCUGCUCGGAGGCCGAGCACGCCGUCUCGGGCAACCUCUGCCGCUGCACCGGCUACCGGCCCAUCGUCGACGCCUGCAAGAGCUUCGCCGCGGACGUCGACCUCGAGGAUCUCGGCCUCAACUCCUUCUGGAAGAAAGCCGCCGACGACCGUGCCGACGUUGGCAAGCUGCCGCAGUACUCCGCCGGCUCUGUCUGCACAUUCCCCGAGUUCCUCAAGGCCGAGAUCAAGUCCAACAUUGGCAAGCUGCCAGAGCACUCCGCCGGCUCCGUCAGCGACGAUGGCUGGUACCACCCCAGGAGCAUCCAGGAGCUCGACAACCUCUUUGACGCCAACUGGUUCGAUGAAACUGCAGUCAAGAUCGUGGCGUCCAACACCGGCGCCGGAGUGUACAAGGAGCAAGACCUCUACGAAAAGUACGUCGACAUCAAAGGGAUUCCGGAGUUGCUGGUCAUCGACAGGAGCAGCAAGGGGGUGGAGAUCGGGGCAGCCGUGUCCAUCUCCAAAGCAAUCGAGGUCUUCUCGGACGGCACUACUCCGGUAUUCAGGAAGAUCGCCGGCCACCUCGGCAAGGUGGCCUCGCCGUUCGUCCGGAACACGGCGACAAUCGGUGGCAACCUUAUCAUGGCGCAGCGGCUUCGGUUCCCGUCGGACAUCGCCACCCUUCUCCUCGCCGCCGCCGCCACGGUCACCAUCCACACGGCGUCCAAGACGGUCUGCCUAUCGCUGGAGGAGUUCCUGGAGCAGCCUCCCUUUGAUGCCAAGACCAUUCUGCUCAGCAUAUUUGUCCCUGAUUGGGGUUCAGAUAGUGUCAUCUUCGAGACCUCCAGAGCAGCCCCGAGGCCGUUCGGCAAUGCCGUGUCCUAUGUCAACUCUGCAUUCCUGGCAAGGACUUCAGGUGAUGCAGCAUCGGGAGACCUCAUCAUCCAGGAAAUCUGCCUCGCGUUUGGCGCUUACGGCGGCGUCGCCAUCCGGGCUCGGAACGUUGAGGAGUUCCUCAAGGGGAAAUCAGUGAGUGCACCUGUGGUACUUGAAGCAGUUCAGUUGCUGAAAGAAGUUAUCAGACCGUCACAAGACACCACGCACCCUGAGUACAGAGUCAGCUUGGCUGUGGCUUUCUUGUUCAGUCUCCUGUCUUCACUUGGCAAGGACCUCAUUGAACCGAGAAAGGCUAUUACGAAUGGUUCCACCGAGUCCUCGCCGGAGGUUGCCACUGAUAAUUUACCUAUUCGGUCAAGGCAAGAGCUGAUUUUCAGCGAGAAAUACAAACCAAUCGGGAAGCCAAUCACGAAAGCUGGGUCAGAGUUACAAGCUUCAGGUGAGGCUGUCUAUGUUGAUGACAUCCCUGCUCCCAAGGAUUGCCUAUAUGGAGCAUUUAUCUACGGCACACACCCUCAUGCUCAUAUAAAAGGUUUCAACUUCAAACCAUCUUUGGCUGCACAAAAGGUCAUCACGGUUAUCUCCGCAAAGGACAUUCCUGUCGGCGGAAAGAAUAUCGGAACCAGCUACCCGAUGCUCGGAGACGAAGCGCUUUUUGGAGAUCCGGUUUCUGAAUUUGCUGGUCAAACAGUUGGCAUUGUGAUUGCUGAAACGCAGAAGUACGCCUAUAUGGCGGCGAAGCAAGCUGUGAUCGAGUACAGCACCGAGAAUCUUGAGCCGCCGAUUCUGACAAUAGAGGAUGCCAUUAAACAUAACAGCUACUUCCAUACUCCCCCAUAUUUGGCUCCUCAGCCAGUUGGGGACUUUGACAAAGGGAUGUCUGAAGCUGAUCACAAGAUCUUAUCAGGAGAGGUGAAACUUGAAUCCCAGUACUACUUCUACAUGGAGACCAACACCGCCCUGGCCAUCCCGGACGAAGAUAACUGUAUCACGGUCUACUCGUCAACGCAGACUCCGGAAAUCACACAGAAUGUCAUCGCGGACCUCCUCGGCGUUCCGUACCACAAUGUUCGUGUCAUCACAAGAAGAGUUGGUGGCGGCUUUGGUGGGAAGGCACAAAAAGGAUGCCCUGUGGCAUGUGCCUGUGCACUUGCAGCGUUCAAGCUGCGGCGCCCUGUCCGGAUGUACCUUGACCUGAAGACGGACAUGAUCAUGGCGGGAGGGCGGCACCCGAUGAAGGUGAAGUACUCCGUCGGCUUCAAGUCGGACGGCACGCUCACGGCGCUGCACGUUGACCUAGGGAUCAACGCCGGUAUAUCCCCCGACGUGAGCCCGAUGCUCCCGGGGUUCAUCUUCAGCUCCCUGAAGAAGUACAACUGGGGCGCCCUGGCCUUCGAUGUGAAGUUGUGCAAGACCAACGUGUCGUCCAGGUCGGCGAUGCGAGGGCCCGGCGAAGUACAGGGCUCCUUCAUAGCGGAGGCCAUCAUCGAGCAUGUCGCGUCCGUGCUCGCCGCCGACACCAAUGCUGUCCGGAGGAAGAACCUCCACAGCUUCGACAGUCUCACGGCGUUCUACGGGAAGGCCGCGGGGGAUGCCGCCACGUACAGCCUCGUCGACUUGUUUGACAAGCUUACCACGUCGCCGGAGUACCGGAGCAGGGCAGCGGAGGUGGAGCGGUUCAACGGCGGGAGCAAGUGGAAGAAGCGCGGCAUCUCGUGCGUGCCAAUCACGUUCCAGGUGACGCUCCGGCCGUCGCCCGGGAAGGUGUCGAUCCUGAACGACGGUUCCAUCGUCGUGGAGGUCGGCGGCGUGGAGAUCGGGCAGGGGCUGUACACCAAGGUGAAGCAGAUGACGGCAUUCGGGCUGGCGGAGCUGGACGCCGACGGGGUCCUCCUGGACAAGGUGCGCGUGAUCCAGGCCGACUCGCUGAGCAUGGUCCAGGGCGGCUUCACCGGCGGGAGCACCACCUCCGAGGUGAGCUGCCAGGCGGUCCUGGAGUCAUGCGCCGCACUUGUCGAGCGGCUCAAGCCCAUCAAGGAGAGCAUCGAGGCCAACUCCGGCGCGCCGGCGCCAUGGAGCGCCCUGAUCGCCCAGGCGACGAUGGAGAGCGUGAACCUGUCGGCGCACGCCUACUGGACGCCCGACCCGGCCUUCGUAAAAUACCUCAACUACGGUGCCGGAGUGAGCGAGGUGGAGAUCGACGUGCUGACCGGAGCGACGACGAUCCUGAGGAGCGACCUGUUGUACGAUUGCGGGCACAGCCUGAACCCGGCGGUGGACCUCGGCCAGGUGGAGGGCGCGUUCGUGCAAGGCGUGGGGUUUUUCACCAGCGAGGAGUACGCGAGCAACUCCGACGGGCUGGUGAUCAACGACGGCACGUGGACGUACAAGAUCCCGACGGUGGACACCAUCCCGAGGCAGCUCAACGUGGAGUUCAUCAACAGCGCGCGCGAGAAGAGGCGGGUGCUGUCCUCCAAGGCCUCUGGCGAGCCGCCGCUGCUGAUGGCGGCGUCGGUGCACUGCGCGAUGCGGGAGGCCAUCAGGGCGGCCAGGAGGGAGUUCUCGGCCGAGUCGCCGCUGACGUUCCAGAUGGACGUGCCGGCCACCAUGGCCGACGUCAAGGAGCUCUGCGGCCUCGACGUUGUCGAGAGACACCUCCACACCCUACUGUCCAAGGCCUCGUGAUGAUGUUCUGUGUACAGUAUAAAUGAAAGAGCCACAUAAUAAAGUUAUCGACGUGGUUGGUUCAAUCGGAGGCGUUCUGAAGGAUGGAUGUUCCUGCAUGCUGGUCGUUACAAGUAGAUAUGAAAUGUUGUAAAGCCAGUCAAGGUGUUUUUUCAAGACAAAUGAUGAUGAUGUAAUAAGAAGAACAAACAAUCGACUUGGUUGUAUGUAUUCACAAAUCAGAGAUUCAUUUUUGUUUCCAGAAUAAAUGGGGAUGAUAAAUAGCACCAA